CUGAAAAUCAGAUUACCGUGGUGUGCUUGUAAUAUUUUAAUCCAGCAUUUUUGAAAAAAAACCAACAGAAUAAACAUGGAUUUCACUUGCUGUAGUAGCACAUAAUCUAAAGGUCACUGGUGCAUCAUUUCUAAGUGAUUAACAGCAACAAAUGUCAAUUUACCAACCAGCUGGUUCACUUCCUGAUGCUCUUGCCUGGACUCUGCCUCGCCUCUCUAACGUUGGUCCAAAUCCACUAAAUCUGAGCAGUCCCUCUGAUAAGCUUCUGUCUAAUCUUGUCCGCCCUGGUUACUCCCAGUCUUAUUUUCAGUUCUGCCAUGUCCAGCUCACCCUCCUGUCUUUUUGCCAGUACAACUCCAUGCUGGUCCUAUUCCUGCCUACCUACCUGUAUGGCAUGAGGUUGCCAUAGCACUGCUUUACUCUUACAAAAUGUCAUAAAAAAGGAAAUGUUAAGUUUGUCAAAAUAAGCUGUUAUUAAGAAAAACCCAGCCUCUCAUUGUGCAAAGUCAUCCCCUGGGCUAAGUUAGGGCCCAGUAUGUUUGAUGCACCUGGUUUAAAUGGUUUUUACUUGGUACAUCCUGCCACUACUGGGCGCUCUUGCUUGGUAAUUUGCCAUCAACGCACUACACCUGCUUUGACCACAGCUCACUUGUGGAGCAGCCAGCCUGAGUGAAUCUCUGUGGGUUUUGGAUGAAACGAUGCCUCGUUUGCCGUGUGUUUACUCAGACUUCUUCUAUGGCCCUCUGACUGAAGAUGUGGAGGAGCUACUGGGGCGCUUCCAGCAGAUAGACUCGGUCAGGUAUGAGGAUUUUUCAGCCCUCUGGAGGGAGAUGGGCUUCUCUGAUCUCUUCAUUGGCACCAUCAAUGCGGGUGAACUGAAGCGGUUCUGCAGGGUGACUCUGGCCACAGCUGUAAAGUACUUCCUACCUCCAUACAGCUACCAGAUCCGAGUGGGGGGCUUGUACCUGAUGUUUGGUUUCUACCACACGCAGCUCGCCGAACCACCUGUGAUGAUCCGGCUCGCUCUGAAGGACUGGACCCACGUGCAAGCCUUUCUCAAGGAAUCUGUAGAAUCCGGCCAUCUUGAUGUAGUUUAUAUCUACAAGAAGCUUGUGGCAUCCAAAGCCAUCCACUACACGGCCAUGCCGCAUUUUCUGACCUUCCAGAAGCAGCAGAAGCCAAAGAAGGACCAUGUGUGCCCUGAGUUUCUGAGCAGGACAACCGCGGUGCGUGAGCUCAUCAGUGCAGACACCCUGGAAGAGAUAGCCAACCUCCAGAGCCUGUACGAGAAGCUGAAGGAGACCACCAAGGAUGUGGGUUCCCAGAUCACAAUGACCCACAGAGACUUCACCUCACGCCUGAGAGACUGCAUGUCAGAGUUCAUCACCUGGCAGAACAAAACGUUCACCUCACAGCUACUCAAAGACAAGAAGGAAAGAGAUGAAGAGGAGGAGGAAGAAGAAGAAGAGGAGGAAGAAGAUGAGAAGGAGUCCUGCAGCAAAAGAGCGAGGCUUCUGUCCUCCAUCAAGCAGAAGAGCUACAGCAAUGUUCAGAAGGCGUCCAAGUCCAGGAGGCACCGGCAGGGUGAGCCAGCGGACUUGUCCAGUUUGGGGACUGAGCAGGUCCAGCGGGUCCCACAGAAAAAAAGACCACCUUCUCUCCGGGCCCGGACCUGGAAGAACCUCGGGGUGAAACAACAGGACAGCAACCUGCCACCCUGGCUGCUGAGUGCUCCUGAGCUGGAGGACGGGGUGCCAGUGAGGAGGACCAACCAGGCGGAUCCCUACAGGAUGUGAAGGAGGAGGAGAGAAGAUCAUUAAAAUAAUUUAAUCUACUAUGUUUGUCACUGUUCAACUGGAAUAAGUUAAGAAACUAUAAAUAAAUGUUUUUGUUAUAAAAAUCA